CAGGCGGCUCCGCGGAGCGGGGGACCCUCCCCCGGGCGAGGGGCGGGCUCGAGGGCUGGCGCGCUCUCCCGGACCGGCGCCCACACGGUCGCGGCGCGAUGGCACAGGUCGGAGGCCCCGGGGCCAAAAAGGGUAUUUUGGAACGUCUGGAUAGUGGAGAGGUUGUGGUUGGAGAUGGCAGCUUUCUCAUAACUCUGGAGAAGAGGGGCUACGUGAAGGCUGGGCUCUGGACUCCGGAAGCAGUGGUAGACCAUCCCGAUGCAGUUCGUCAACUUCACAUAGAAUUCUUGAGAGCAGGAUCAAAUGUCAUGCAGACUUUCACCUUUGCUGCCAGUGAGGACAAUAUGGAAAGCAAGUGGAAAGCUGUGAACGCUGCUGCCUGUGACCUUGCCAGGGAAGUGGCUGGCAAGGGUGAUGCUCUGGUAGCUGGGGGGAUCUGCCAGACAUCAGUGUACAAACACCACAAGGAUGAAGCCACAGUUAAAAAACUCUUUCAACUCCAGCUAGAGGUUUUUACAAAGAAAAAUGUGGACUUCUUGAUCGCAGAGUAUUUUGAGCAUGCCGAAGAAGCCAUAUGGGCUGUGGAAGUCUUAAAAGAAUCGGGGAAACCUCUGGCAGCUACCAUGUGCAUAGGCCCGGAUGGAGACAUGUGUGGUGUGACACCUGGAGAAUGUGCUGUUAAGCUGGUGAAGGCAGGGGCUGCAAUCGUGGGUGUGAACUGCCGCUUUGGGCCCAGCACCAGCUUGAAGACAAUGAGGCUCAUGAAGGAGGGCCUACAGGCCGCGGGGUUGAAGGCGCACCUGAUGGUGCAGUCCCUGGGCUUCCACACCCCUGACUGUGGCAAAGGCGGGUUUGUGGAUCUCCCAGAAUAUCCCUUUGGACUGGAGCCCAGAGUUGCAACCAGAUGGGAUAUUCAGAAAUAUGCCAGAGAGGCCUACAAUCUGGGGAUCAGGUACAUUGGCGGGUGCUGUGGAUUUGAGGCCUACCACAUCAGGGCAAUUGCAGAGGAGCUGGCCCCCGAAAGGGGCUUUUUGCCCCCGGCUUCAGACAAACAUGGUAGUUGGGGAAGUAGCCUUAAUAUGCACACCAAACCGUGGAUUCGAGCCAGCCCUCCCUUCCUAUUUUGCUAACCAGGACUUCUGACCUCUUCAGAUUCAAAGGGAGAGAAGAGAGGAUGGCAAGGGGAGCCAACUGUUUGUACUUGGCUGGCAGCCUAACAGGAAGACCGCAGUUCUGGGCCGGGCAGAUCUUCACAAGUGCUGCCAUGGUUCCUUACUGGCUUCCUCUGGGAACUUUUGGUCUGUACUUCUCAUGCCACAGGCAUCGCAUUCUUCUCUGUCUGCUACUUCCCUUUCAGAUCCUGGCUUUUUCAGCAGGUCACUCCAGAUAUCCCCUAUUUGGGGGGUCUUGUUGUCCUUCCUGGUGAUUCUAAAUACCUCCAGAUUUCAAACACGUCUUUUUCUGAAACGUGGUAUGAAACCCAAUGAUUGCUUUUAUUUUUUUAAGAUUUUAUUUAUUUAUUUGACACAGAGAGAGGGGACGGGGAGGGGGAGAGAGAGAGAGAGACCACAAGCAGAGGGAGCGGCAGGCAGAGGGAGAGAGAGCAGCAGACUCCUGCAGAGCAAGGAGUCCCGUGUGGGGCUGGAUCCCAGGACCCUGGGAUCAUGACCUGAGCCAAAGGCAGACGCUUAACCGACUGAGCCACCCAGGAGCCCCCAGUGAUUGCUUUUGAUAGAAAUGUGAGAAAGGCAUUAAUGGACAUAGUUUUUCAGUCUGUAUGUUGAAACUGAAGUUCUACUUUAGCUUGAUCAUGCACCACACCUGUGUGUAUUUGGCAAAUACACACACAAAUAUGUAUAAAGCAUAUUGGACUUAUAAAACAGGUAUACAUUUUUUAAUUAAUAAUUUUUUCAAACACAGAGCUAGAAGGGAGUAUUGGGAAAAUCUGCUGCCAGCUUCAGGCAGACCUUUCUGUCCUUCACUGUCACAGCCAGACGCCUAAGGAGCGGUGAAAGAAAACACUGAAAUGACAGAACAGAAAGAAAUCUGGAACUCUUCCUCGCCUUUACCCUCCACCCACCCUGCUAGCUCCAGCUGAACAGCUAAUGUGCUCCUGGCCCUUCAGUUCAGGGCAACAUAUGCAUCUUGCACUCCCGCUGUGGAUGAGCACCCAGCUGGGUGCUGCAGGGGAUGCAAAGACGAUGAGAAAGACCCUGGUCCCCCAGUUACUUACUGUCCAGUAAUGAUGUGCUACAUUCUUUGGAAGGUCAUCAAGAAGAGCAAAACUUGUCUUUUAGGGUGAAUUUGAGAUUUUAAAAUAACCAGAAGUCACUGAACACCAAAUCUAUUGAUUAACUCAGGCAACUAAGCUAGGUGCUUGAGGAAGAUGGAGGAGCAAGGAGUCUGCUUUUCUUACAUGACUUGUAUAAUGACUCCAAGGGCAAUCCCAAAGGAAUAGAUGCAAAAAAUGCUUUGAGUAAUGGCAGGGUUAUUGAAGUAAGUGUAUAACCUUCCAAAGUGAUUACUUUCAAAGAUGAGUUUACUUAAAGGUGUUAGGUCCUAGAAUUUUUAAAAUGUGUCUUUAUGAAGGGCACCUGGGUGGCUCAGUCAGCUAAACAUCCGACUCUUGAUUCCCACUCAGGUCAUGAUCUCAGGCUUGUGAGAUCGAGGCCUGAGUCCAGCCCAGCAUUGAGCCCUGCAUCUGCACUUGGUAUGGAGCCUGCUUGGCAUUCUCUCUCUCUCUCUCCCUCUGCCCCUCCUCCCCCAAUAAAAAACAUAAAUUAAAAAAACUGUGUCUUUAUAAUCACAAAUAACUAGAUUAUAAACUACUUAAGGACAAGGACAAUGUGAUGUUCUUAUAUUUUUCCUUAAAGUAUUUAGCACUGUGCUGGGCCUAAUAAUAGAUGCUCUAGAUGCUCAAUGAAAUACUUAUUUUUGAUUGUUAAAAUAAGUAAAAAUAGAUGAACAGUUUUAGAAGACCUUUUUAAAAGUCAGAGUUCUAAUCUACCAUGGUCUAAUAUUUUCUUUACUUAGCUUUGUGCUAUUUGCCAUGUGCCAAUAUCACUCUGUUUUUUCCAAAACAAUGUAUCGAUUUGUGACAAUUUGUAAAAUUAAAGAUGAUUUACCUGUUACAGUGUUUGAAUAUUUAAAA